AAUUCCCAUUAGCAUCAUCAUUUAUUUCGGCAGUUGCUCGGACAAUAAUAAAGAAUCACUAAAUAAGUGGCAGUUGAAUUCAAGUUGGUAUUUCAAUGACGGUGUUUGGCAACACCGUCAGUAAAAUCAGCUGACUGCAGUAAACAACUUUGGCUGCUGUCUCGAAAUGUCGGAAGACGGCUUCUAUUAUUUGUACAUUUCGCUCACGCUUGUUCCCGUCUACCUAGCCUUUCGGUUAAUACAGUGGAUGGGAUGUGCACUAUUCAUCAACAAUUAGCUGAAGAACUAUAUUUUACUUGCCAUAUAACGGAACACAGUAUUGAUAUUACUAAGUGAAUUGUAGCAUUAGAAACGAUAGUGGAAGAAUGUUAUAAAAUAUAAAGUAUGUAGAUUUUAACUUAAAAA